AUAAGCGCAGAGUUAGUCUACCCAGAAAUAGAAGAAAGGCAGUUUGCAGAUAGAGCCAUACAUGAGAACCUAACGCUCAUCUAUACAACUAUAUUCGGUCAACAAGAAUGUCUUCAGAGCCAAACAAAGAGCCGUUUGAUGACGAGUUUAAGACUGCCCGAGAAUAUCUGGACUAUUUCUAUUCCGACUUGAUGACCAAAGGCCAUGUGGACGAAGGAUUGGCCAUGCCGUGGAUCUUGGAACAAUUUCAUGGGACCUUCAGUAAAGACAGAGACUUCGGCAGAAGACUGUUAGACGUUGGAUCAGGCCCGACAGUGUACCAGCUGAUUAGCGCCAGCCGAGUUUGUCCAGAAAUCAUCUGCUCAGACAUCCACAGGGGAGCCUUGGGGGAGAUAAUCAGCUGGAAGAAUGGGGACCUGAACGCGUUUGACUGGACCGCUGCCAUGAAGUAUGUCUCUGGGUUAGAGGGCACGAGUUGGGGUUCUCGCCAAGAACAACUACGAAAUGCCAUCAAGGACACCGUGGUGUGUGAUGUGUUUAAUGACAACCCCCUACAUCCUGCUGUGUUCUCACCGUUCGAUACCGUCAUCUCUACAUACUGUCUGGAGGGAACCAGCUGGGACAAGGGGAGGUCCACCUACGCCAAAACAGUGCAGAACACCUGUAGCCUGUUGAAGCCAGGUGGUCAUUUCAUCUUACUGACGUACAUCGGGGUCACCUAUUAUGUUCUACAUGGCAAGAAGUACUCUGAUACUCUCUUCCUCGACACCGAGUUCGUGCUCAAGAGCCUGUCUGAAGCACGAAUCACGGUUUUGGAGACGUCUGUGCACAAAACUCCCGAGCGGGAGGAAUGCAUGUUUAGUGAUGUAAAGAGCAUCAUGUAUGUUGUGGGAAAGAAAACGGAGAAGAAGCAAUAAAACAAACAAAAUUAAGUAGCAUCAUGUGGAAAGGAAAACGAAGAGGAAGAAAUGGAUAAUUAAUUUAAAGAGCAUCAUGUAUGUAGUAAACAAAAACAAAAGAAAUUAAUAAUUAGUUUCAAGAUAAUUAUGUGUGAAGAGGGAAAGAAGAUAGAAAUAAUUACUAUAAUGUUUACCUUUUGCAAAAGGAAAACAUAAUCAUUUUUAACCGUUUUUGCUUUGUUAAACUUUCUUCUACCUCUUCUUCUUCCUCUCCAAAGAAAUAAGGUCAAUGACCUGAACCAGACAUCUGACACCAUGGUAACUAGUGUCAGGUUACAUCAUUUUGCAAUUUUAUAGUAGAAGGGAUUGAAAGUCCUGUCUUACUAUACAUACAAUGUGAAUAUGUUUGAGUAAGAAUUAACAGAGCAGACCAUAUGU